ACGACUCCCUGCACCUACAAAGUGCGCACGCGCAGUUGGGCCACGGAACCAGCGGCAAAAUGGAGCUUCGCACCCCCCAGGACGAAGGAAACGUGUGUGAGGUCUACCUGGCUUAAUAGACCAAUUCUGACAGCAUGCCUCACGCAGAUGACACAGCCCGGCGGCUAUCCCAGACUGGAACCAGCCUCUAUGCAGUGCUAGAGCUGAAGAAAGGUGCCCAGCCUGAAGAGAUCAAAAGAGCCUACAGGUUCAGACUCUCACCUUCAUUCAACCCUGACAAGAAUCCAGGGGACACUCAAGCAGGAGAGUUCUUCAAAGAGAUCAACACAGCCCAUGCUGUGCUCAGUGACCCUACCAAGAAGAAGAUCUACGACCAGCAUGGCUCACUAGGAAUAUACCUGCUUGAUCAUUUUGGUGAAGAAGGCGUCAGAUACUAUUUUAUAGCAAACAGUUGUUGGUUCAAGACACUCGUCAUCCUCUGCUGCCUUCUGACGUGCUGCUGCUGCUGCUGCUGCUGCUGCUUUUGCUGCGGAGCACUCAGUCCACCCCCCGAGGAAGUCACCAAGAAGCAGCAGCAGAAUGUCUAUUGUCAGCAACCGAACGUCUGUUCGCAGCCAAAGAGAUCAGGUGCUAGCACAGUGACCGUCACCUGCCACGCAGCCCACCGGACAUGUUGAAGAGAGAAGCAAGUAGCCCUGUCCUGACUCUGAUCCUGACUUGACUCCUGUUCUUAAAAACAAUCCCUGCUUCAGAAGCGAUAUGACAACAUCCAUCCUAGAAAGGGCAGCAUCUCUGCCCUGGGUAUGCAACUGAGCCUGUCCACACAGAACCUUCCACUGUUCUAUCUGGCUCUAGCUCCCUUCCCAUCUCUUAUCCACAUGAGACCUCAGGCUGUGGCGGCAGGCGUUUCCUAAAAUCUUUUUCCAGUGCGUGCCUGGGUACUUGCCAAAGGAGGUCCCUGAGCCCUUGCUGAUUGACUUUACCGAGACCCCGAUCACUAAGCAAGGUGGCUCCUGUCCCGAGAGCUGGUGGACCAGUUAGUCCUCCUUUGUUGCAACUUUGUGUUCCAGGGACCUCUGGCACCAGCCUCAUUUCUUAGCAGUACACCUCUGGGAGGCUGGUCACACCGUCUUCUGGUACCUCGGGCAUUGGCAUUGACACCCUAUCCAUAAGACAGCUUGGGAAAGGUGGGAGUGCAUUUGAGGUUUGUGGCUCCCCUGGGACUUCAGCCCCGUCCCCACGGCCAUUCUCAGCCGCGGUCCUGUGGACUGGCUGCGGCCCAGCCACCAGUGCCUGCUGCCUCCAUUCUUCAUGACACCUCACGUAGGCCGAUCCCCGUGUAUUUGUUCUUAACACAGGGCCAUGAAAUGUGCUGGGGACAGACUGUACUUGGAAGACUCCAGCCACGGUGUGUCGUGGGCUUGGCAUCCUCUCUGUAUCCUCUCUACCAUUUCUUUUGUACUCAUGUGGGAUCAGGGCCUAGGAACACUCAAACCUUUCAGCCCUCAUUGGAAGGAGGGCUAAAGAAUAUCAAUAAAAAAGAUCCGUCCAA